AUGGGCGCCGCUAAUGCUCCACCAUUUCCCGCACCCGUUAAGGGCUGGCACGCAGAUACUUACCCAGGCAUUGACCCUUCCCGCCCCGAACUCUCCUUGAAAGGUAAAUCUGCGAUCGUCUCAGGCGGCGGCGGCACCAUCGGCUUCGCAACGGUCGAAGCCCUCGCGACAGCGGGAGUUAGCUUCAUCGGCAUUGUCGGACGCACUCAAAAGACUCUGGACGAGACAACCUCGAAACUCAAAGGCCAAUACCCGGGCACGAAAAUCGUCUCUGCCACAGGGGAUAUCUCAUCCUUCUCAAGUCUAGAGGCCGCGUUCAAGCAGAUUCGGGAGCAAGCGGUCAACCCAGUCGAUAUCCUCGUCCACAAUGCCGGCCACCUCGCUUCACCGGGCCCGAUAGCAACCACGGACCCCAAAGAGUGGUGGACCUCGUUCGAAGUCAACAUUCUCGGGGCCUUCAAUUCGAUUCGCGCAUUCCUGCCCGUGGCUCCCGCGAACGCCACAAUAGUCAACAUGUCCACAGGCGUAGCACAUGUACCGACUACUCUGGUCUCAGGACUCUCCGCCUACAGCAGCAGCAAGCUCGCCGCCUUGAGGAUCUUUGACUUCCUGCAAGACGAGCACCCGGAGAUGCACAUUGUCAAUAUGCACCCUGGUGUCAUCAUGAGUGAUUUGAACUCGAAGCAUGGGGCGUCCACGCCCACGGAUACGCCGGAACUAGCGGCCUCAUUCGUGGUCUGGCUGUGCAGUCCCGAGGCGAAAUUCCUCAAGGGCAAGCUCGCCUGGGCGAAUUGGGACGUCGACAAUUUGAAGGCCAAAGCAGCAGAGAUCCAGAAUUCACCAAGUUUGACUAUGGCUCUGACAGGGUGGUCGAGCCUGUCGUGA